AAUCCUUGGUGUCCAACAAGUCCUGGCAUGGCUGGUUAUAUGUUCGUUGGCUUAGGGGAAGAGAUUCACAAAUUUCUUCAGCCAGAGGUACAUGAACUCUUCGUUGGGGUUGCAAAAACCAACUACAGACUUAUGGGCCGGUAUCGGGUCCAUCGUGUUGAACCCUUGACCGUUGAAGAAUGGCUGACGCUCCCAGAGAAAGUUCGAUCCAAGUAUUGCGAAACUACACAGCGAAAAGCAAAAGACUCACGUUCUGUCGAGGGCAUAAAUGCUGCUUAUGAGCGUGGUGAACUUCGCGUUCCCUGCGUCAAGUUGACAUGUCUUGAUUUCAAGGAAGACCUCUACAAGAAACUG